CUGAAGGUUGUAUCCGACAGGAGGCAGCAGUGAGCGCCUUGGUUACGUCAUUUCUAACAUGGCGACGUCCUGUGGCCGCACACUGUGCAGAGGAUGGCGAGGAACAACGGGUUUCAUUCUGAAAGGGUUUCACACUUCUCCAGUCGGCAGAAACGGAUUUCUGUCAUCUUUGCACAAACGAGGCCUCCUGAAAGAUUCUUUCCCUGAAAACGCGGCUCAGGUGAAUCUGCCUCAGCUGCUCCAUUCGGGCCAGCAGACUGUGUACUGUGGCUUUGACCCGACUGCUGACAGCCUGCACGCCGGACACCUGCUGCCUCUCAUCGGCCUGCUGCACUUCCGCAGCGCAGGGCAUCAUGUGAUCGCACUGAUCGGUGGAGCCACGGCGCGGAUCGGCGACCCGAGCGGCAAAUCCAAGGAGAGAGAGAGUCUGUCUGCUGCCUUGGUAGACAGUAAUACCAGAUCCGUGCUGGAAAGCUUGCACCAGAUCUUCACCAACCACGAGUUAUAUUUCUGUAGCGAUCCACAGAGACUAGGCACCAUGCGCGUACUGAACAACACCAGCUGGUACCGGGACUGGAACGUGGUGGAGUUUCUGGCUGAAACGGGACGGUAUUUACGCAUGGGCACUUUGCUCAGCAGGCACAGCGUCCAGUCUCGCUUAAAGAGUGCAGAGGGCAUGAGUCUAAGCGAGUUCUCUUACCAACUCUUCCAGGCCUUUGACUUUUAUUACCUACACCAGGUGCAUGGCUGCAGAAUACAGCUGGGGGGAACAGAUCAGCUGGGGAAUCUAAUGUCAGGCCAUGAGUUCAUUCACAAAAAGACAGGAGAAGAAGUAUAUGGACUGACAGUACCACUGUUGACCACCUCAAUGGGAGAUAAACUGGGGAAGACGGCAGGAAAUGCUGUAUGGCUGAACCGGAACAAAACAUCUCCCUUUGAGUUCUAUCAGUAUUUCCUCAGACUGCCAGACAACGAUAUAGAACAGUACCUGAGGCUGUUCACGUUCCUGCCACUGGCUGAGGUGGAGAAGGUGAUGGAGCAGCAGCAACAGGAUCCAGGCAAGAGAACAGCACACAAACGGCUCGCUGCUGAGGUAACCAAGCUGGUGCAUGGCAAGGAGGGGCUGGAAAGUGCUAAACGAUGCACCAACGCUCUGUACCACAGCAGCAUCGAGGCUCUAGAGCAGAUGGAUGAUGCAGAACUGAAGGAGUUGUUUAGAGAAGCUCCAUUUCAGGAGUUCUAUUUGGAGCCAGGUACCACAGUAUUGGAUGCUUGUCGUCGGAGCCAGGCCAUUCCUGGAGGACCCAGAGGGUAUCAGAUGAUAACUGACGGUGGUGUGUGGAUUAACCACCACAGGGCCUCAAACCCGGAGCAGGUUCUGGUCCCAGGUCAGUACAUCCUCUCCAACGGUCUCAGUCUGAUCCGAGUGGGCAAAAAGAACUUCUACAUCAUCAAGUGGCUGAGCAUGUAAUUCAUAAACCACAGAUAAAUUAAUGAGACUGUCGAACUGAAGUACCGGACACGUACUCCUAGUACAAGCCAUACACAUCAUCACAAAGUGAUGUUGCAGAUUAGUGGAUUUUAUGAGGCUGUGGGCAGGAAGAGGAGACCAGAUACAAAGAUGCGUGUUGCAGAAAUAUAGAAGAAGAGAGAAAACAUCCUAUUUUUGGGAUAUUUUUGGCCUAUACACACAUGCAAGAAUAUGUUUGGACAUUUUAUACCACACUGGUUAAGCACCAGGAAAAUGAUGGUUUCAGACUGCAGUUCUACAUUCUGCCACAAGAUGUCAGUCAAAUGCUUUUUUUCCCCCCUCGAUGCCUGUACAUUUUUUUUAAAUUCUACAAUUUUCAGGGUAUUCCAGGCUUAGGGUUUUGAAGUACUAAAUUAGUUCUAUUCUAUGAAGUCAGUUGCAAUCCAAUUGUGUGGUGAUAAUUUAUAUUAUUUUUGUGUAUUUUUUUUUUUUGCUUUAAGGAAUUAGGAUUGCUAUACAAAGUUAUUGUUCCUUUUAAAGAUCCAACAUAUGCAAGACGUCUCAGACCUUCUCACUUCUACAAUAAAUGUUACACUGAAACGAGGAAAAAUGUUUUAUCUUCCGUAUGAAUGUAUGUUACCGGGAACUUUAUUUCAUGUACCUAGGGUGAGUGGAUAUGAGUUCAGGUCAGUCAUUUAUGUGAAAUUUAGUGAAAUAAUUAC